UCAAGACGUUAGCCGCCUAGAUCACUUCUCCAGCGCGAAGGCGGGCAGAGUACUGGGACUUUCUGCUGGUGUCUUUGAUGCUGAAUGCAUUUGGAAGCCAUGAAACAACAUUGAACAGUCAACAGAUUCCCUUCAUUCCACACGAAUCAUAAACUCUCCUACGAAAUUCUGAGAUCGCCACGAAAUCGAGCAAGAUGGCGGACCCAAAUAUUUCCCAAUACAAGUACUCGGCGAUGUCGAACCUGGUUCUCCAGGCCGACCGCCGGUUGUACUCGCGAAACAAGGAUGAGAACACUGGAGACCCCGAAUCGCUAGCGGGCCGACUGAACAUUCGGGACAUGGGCUCACGAGUUGCUCGAGACCAAGCACCCAAGCAGAAGAAAAUGGCGCCCGGGCUUGGAGUGGAGAGAGGCACAAUCCACGAAGGCGAGGACGUUUUGGAACGAGAACGGCGGAAACGAAAGAGGGGUGAGCCUGCCCAGACCCGAGGUGCUGGCAUUCUGUCUGCUGGUGAUGCACUGAUAGAAGGGCUUAAGUAUCGUCCUAGAACUCCUGCCACCCGAGCCACCUACGACCUACUGCUCACCGUGACUGCAAAUGCACUGGGCGAUGUUUCUCAAGAGAUUGUCCGAAGCGCAGCCGAUGCUAUCCUCGAAUUCUUGAAAGACGAAAACAUGAAGGAUUUGGACAAGAAGAAAGAGGUGGACGAAAUUGUUGGGACAACAAUGACGCCGAAGGAAUUCAACGAACUCGUCAAUCUGGGCAAAAAGAUUACAGAUUAUGAUGCUCAAGAUGAAGAUGAAGACAUGGACGAUGGCGACGAAGCUGAGCUUGACGACCGGCAAGGUGUUGCCGUCGUGUUUGACGAGGACGAUGAAGACGAAGACGGAAUUGCCAGAACAUACGAGGUCCGAGACGAGGAUGAAGACUCCGACGAGGAGGACGACAUCCAAGAUCAGCCCGAUGAUGAAGCUGCAACAGCAGGAGGUGCGGGCGCGCCUGAUGUUGAUCCUGAUGAGGAAGACACAGAAAUGGUUUUAGACAGUGGCAUCGCGGAGGCCUCGCGACGGAAAAGGGAGGACUCCGAUCUUGUGCCUAUUCAUGAAAUCGACGCAUACUGGCUUCAGCGACAGAUUGGUUCAAUAUACUCAGAUGCCCACGUUCAACAACAGAAGACCCAAGAUGCACUGCAAAUCCUAUCCGGAAAAUCACUCGAGGGCGAAGAAAUCUCUCUUCGUGAUAUCGAGAACGACUUGAUGGACUUGUUUGAUUAUGAGCAUCCAGAAAUAGUUGGCAAAUUCGUGACCAACCGUGACAGAAUCGUCUGGGCUACCAGAUGGCGGAGGGUGGCCGAGGAUACUGACGCUCGAAAUCUUCUGGAGGUCGAGAUGGUCGAAGCUGGCCAAAGAGCCAUUCUGGAUGAACUGGUGGGCAAUCAAGACACCGGUGCCGAAGGCCCUCGACCUUCCAAGAAGAUGAAACUCGAUCUAAUGGAUAUUGACGUUCCAAAAGCACAAAUCGAGUCGCAAGAAGAGAAGAAAGACGGCACUUUAUCUGGUGGCUUGCAGCCUCAGCGACUGAUCAAUCUCGAGAAUUUGGUCUUCGAGCAAGGGAACCACCUGAUGACGAAUCCAAAAGUCGUCUUACCUCAAGGUUCAACUAAACGGACUUUCAAGGGCUACGAAGAGAUCCAUGUUCCUGCGCCCAAGGCCAGGGUAGAUCCUGGCGAGAAGUUGAUACCGACGAGCGACUUACCAGACUGGGCCAGGCAAGGUUUUGGUUCUGCGAAAAGCCUCAACAGAAUUCAGUCAAAGUGCUAUCCCUCGGCCUUUGGCGAUGAUGGCAAUAUGCUAGUCUGUGCGCCUACUGGAUCGGGCAAAACGAACGUGGCGAUGCUUACUAUGCUUCGAGAAAUCGGCAAGCACCGAAAUCCAGAGACCGGAGAGAUCAUGUUGGAUGACUUCAAAAUCAUCUAUAUUGCUCCACUCAAGGCUUUGGUUCAAGAGCAAGUAGGUAACUUUGGCAAACGGCUAGAGUCAUACGGGAUCCGAGUUUCUGAGUUGACUGGAGACCGACAACUCACCAAGCAACAAAUCGCGGAUACUCAAGUAAUUGUAACAACUCCGGAGAAGUGGGAUGUCAUCACUCGAAAAGCCACCGACCUCAGCUACACCAGGCUUGUUCGGCUCAUAAUCAUCGAUGAAAUCCAUUUACUGCACGAUGAUCGUGGUCCCGUGCUAGAAAGCAUUGUUAGCAGAACAAUCAGGAAAAUUGAGCAGACUGGCGACCCUGUGCGGAUUGUCGGGUUGAGUGCCACUUUACCCAAUUAUAGAGAUGUGGCUACGUUUCUCCGCGUCGACCCUGAGAAGGGUAUGUUCCACUUCGACGGCUCGUUCAGACCCUGUCCCCUUCGACAAGAGUUUAUUGGCGUUACAGACAAAAAAGCCAUCAAGAUGCUCAAGACCAUGAACGAUGUCUGUUACGCGAAGGUUAUGGAACAUGUCGGCACAAACCAGCAGCAGAUGCUGAUAUUCGUACACUCUCGGAAAGAGACCGCCAAAACCGCCAAAUACAUUCGCGACAAAGCCGUGGAGGCUGAGACAAUCGGCCAGAUCAUGCGUACAGACGCAGCAAGCAGGCAAAUCCUACAAGAGGAAGCUGAUCAAGUUCAUGAUGCGAAUUUGAAGGAUCUCAUGCCGUAUGGCUUUGGUAUCCACCACGCCGGUAUGAGUGCUGCUGAUCGUUCUUCGGUUGAAGACCUCUUCUCUGAUGGAUCUCUUCGCGUCCUCGUCUGUACUGCCACUCUUGCUUGGGGUGUCAAUCUUCCAGCUCAUACAGUCAUCAUCAAAGGCACUCAGGUAUAUUCUCCUGAAAAGGGUAGCUGGGUUGAGCUCAGCCCUCAAGACGUUCUCCAGAUGUUGGGUCGUGCUGGUCGACCGCAGUAUGAUGUGUACGGCGAAGGCAUCAUCAUCACAUCGCAAGCAGAGAUACAAUAUUACCUGUCUUUAUUGAAUCAACAAUUACCGAUCGAAAGUCAGCUCAUGAGCAAACUUGCAGACAAUUUGAAUGCCGAAAUUGUCCUUGGUAAUGUCCAAAGCAGAGACCAGGGAGUCGAAUGGCUAGGUUAUACCUAUCUAUUCGUCAGGAUGAUCAGGUCUCCAGGUCUCUACAGCGUUGGCGCGGACUACAGCAAUGACGAUGCUCUUGAGCAGAAGAGAGUCGACCUUAUCCACUCUGCAGCCGUAGUCCUCGAAAAGGCAGGUCUGGUCAAGUAUGACAAGACGGCUGGCAAACUGCAAGCUACAGACCUUGGCCGGAUUGCUUCUCAUUAUUAUAUCACCCACCACUCCAUGCUGACCUACAACAUGCAUCUGCAGCCCUCGAUCAGCACAAUCGAGCUCUUCCGCGUGUUUGCUCUUAGCGACGAGUUCAAGUAUAUUCCUGUGCGGCAAGACGAGAAGCUCGAAUUGGCGAAACUGCUAGGCAGAGUUCCAAUACCUGUCAAAGAGGGUAUGGAGGAACCACAGGCCAAGAUCAAUGUUCUGCUCCAAGCAUUUAUUUCUAGGCUCAAAUUAGAAGGUCUUGCGCUUAUGGCAGAUCUCGUGUACGUCACACAGUCCGCAGGUCGUAUCCUUCGAGCCAUCUUUGAGAUAUGCUUGAGGAAGGGCUGGGCCUCUGUUGCCAAGGUUGCACUUGAUCUCUGCAAGAUGGCAGAGAAGCGGAUGUGGCCCACUAUGACCCCGUUGAGACAGUUCCCAAUGUGCCCCAGGGAGUACAUUCAAAAGGCUGAGCGAAUGGAAGUUCCUUGGUCAAGCUACUUUGACCUUGACCCUCCUCGAAUGGGGGAGUUGCUGGGAUUGCCAAAGGCCGGCCGGGUUGUCUGCGACCUCGUGUCGAAAUUUCCACGACUGGAGGUACAAGCACAAGUCCAACCCAUGACAAGGUCGAUGCUGCAUGUUGAGCUCACCAUUACACCAAACUUCGUCUGGGAUGAUGCUUUGCAUGGUACUGCGGAAUCGUUUUGGAUUCUUGUUGAAGAUUGUGACGGCGAAGAGAUUCUUUUCCACGAUCAAUUCAUUCUACGAAAAGAAUUCGCCGAAGGCGACAUGACUGAGCAUCUGGUUGACUUUACUGUGCCCAUCAGCGAGCCCAUCCCACCAAACUACUUCAUUACACUAUUGUCGGACCGAUGGAUGCAUUCAGAGACUCGAGUUCCAGUGUCAUUCCAGAAACUCAUUCUACCAGAACGAUUCCCGCCACAUACACAGCUUUUGGAUUUGCAACCUGUGCCAGUACAAGCACUCAAAGUCAAAGAAUAUGUUGAUCUCUAUCCUAACUGGGAUCGAUUCAACAAGAUCCAAACUCAGGUCUUCAAGUCUCUGUACGACAGCGACGAUAGCGUGUUCGUUGGUGCGCCUACUGGGAGCGGCAAGACUGUCUGUGCCGAAUUUGCCUUGUUGAAACAUUGGAAGAACCCUGAAGCUGGCAAAGCAGUCUAUGUGGCACCUUUCCAGGAAUUAGUCGACAACCGUUUUGCAGAUUGGCAGGAGCGGCUUUCUAGUAUUGCUGGUGGCAAGACUAUCUCUACACUUACCGGUGAGAUCACGGCUGAUCUACGAAUACUCGAUCGGGCAGAUCUUGUCCUGGCGACUCCGACUCAGUGGGAUGUCUUAUCAAGACAGUGGCAACGUCGGAAGAACGUUCAAAACGUAGAAUUGUUCAUCGCUGAUGAGCUGCACAUGCUUGGAGGCGAGAACGGUGCCAUUUAUGAGGUCAUCGUCUCAAGAAUGCAGUACAUCCACAUCCAGCUUGAGAACACUAUGCGAAUCAUCGGCCUGAGCGUUCCUCUGUCUAAUGCCAGAGAUGUUGGUGAAUGGAUUGGAGCGAACAAGCAUACCAUAUACAACUUCAGCCCUAUGGCCCGCCCUGUCGGUCUCGAACUUCACAUUCAAUCAUUCAACAUCCCCCAUUUCCCUUCGCUCAUGAUGGCCAUGGCUCGUCCUGCAUAUCAAGCAGUACUUCAGCUGUCCGCUGACAAGCCUGCCAUCAUCUUCGUGCCUGGAAGGAAACAAGUCCGAGCCACAGCAGUUGAUAUCCUUUCAGCCUGCAUCAUGGACGAUGAUGAUCAACGAUUCCUUCACACCAAUGUUGAUGAACUGGCACCCUUCCUGGAACGCAUCCACGAGCGAGCCCUGGCUGAGUCUCUAAGCCACGGCAUUGGCUAUUACCACGAGGCACUUUCGACCAGCGACAAGCGCAUCGUGUCACAUCUUUUCAAGAUCGGCGCCAUCCAGGUCAUGCUGGCCUCUCGGGACGUCUGCUGGGAGAUACCGUUCACUGCACACCUUGUCAUCAUAAUGGGGACACAGUACUUCCAGGGCCGUGAGCAUCGGUACGUCGACUACCAAAUCAGCGAGAUUCUGCAGAUGUUCGGCCGCUCGUCUCGACCCGGCCAAGACCGACUGGGCAAGGGUGUGCUCAUGGUGCCUCAGGUCCGACGAGAAUACUACAAGAAGUUCCUGAAUGAGGCUCUGCCCAUCGAGUCCCAUCUCCCCUUGUCUCUUCAUGACGCCUUUGUGACGGAAAUCAGCACCAAAACCAUCACAUCCACGCAGGACGCCGUCGACUGGACAACAUACACGUACUUUUACCGACGUCUGCUGGCGAAUCCGUCAUUCUACGGCCUGAAUGACACGUCGCACGAAGGACUAAGCACGUUCUUGUCGGAACUCGUCGAGACCACGCUCAAAGAACUGAGCGAAGCCAAGAUCGUCGACCUCGACGACGAAGACGACUCGGUGUCGCCUCUCAACCCGGCCAUGAUCGCCGCAUACUACAACAUCAGCUUCAUCACGAUGCAGACGUUUCUGCUUUCCCUGACGGCCCGGACCAAGCUCAAGGGCAUGCUGGAGAUUGUCACCUCGGCCACGGAGUUCGAGGGGAUCCAGAUGCGCCGUCACGAGGACCACAUCCUGCGCCGCAUCUACGACCGCGUCCCCGUCAAGAUGUCGGAGCCGGCGUACGACAGCCCGCACUUCAAGGCGAUGGUGCUGCUGCAGGCCCACUUUUCGCGCAUGCAGCUCCCCAUCGACCUGGCCAAGGACCAGGAGGUCAUCGUGUCCAAGAUCCUGAGUCUGCUGUCGGCCUGCGUCGACGUGCUCAGCAGCGAGGGCCACAUCAACGCCAUGAACGCCAUGGAGAUGUCCCAGAUGGUCGUGCAGGCCAUGUGGGACCGCGACAGCCCGUUGUUGCAGAUCCCGCACUUUGACAACCGCGUCGUCGAGACCCUCGCCCGCCACGACGUCAAGGACGUCGACGAGUUCAUGACCGCCAUGGACCCGAGCGAGAACCCGGACCAGGCCAAGUUGGUGGCCGAAAUGGGCCUGACGAACCGACAGCUCGUCGACGCCGCCAACUUUACAAACUCAAAGUACCCCAGUCUGGAGCUCGAGUUUGACGUGUUGGAGAAGGACGAGGUCACGGCCGGGAGCCCGAGUUACCUGGCCGUCAAGAUCAGCAGGGAGAGUGGAGAUGACGAGGACGACGAAGACGAGGACGAAGGUCCCGGUGAGGUCGACCUGACGGUCCACGCUCCCUUCUACCCGGCCAAGAAGCUCGAAAACUGGUGGCUCGUCGUCGCCGAGGAAAAGACCCGGUCCCUGCUCGCCAUCAAGAGGGUGACCAUCACCAAGAACCUCGCCACCAAACUCGAGUACGUCGUGCCCACGGCCGGAAAGAAGGACCUGACCCUUUUCCUCAUGUCGGAUUCGUACGUGGGUAUCGACCAGAGCAUGGCUUUCAGCGUCGACGUCGCCGAGGGAAUGGACGAGGAUGAGGAUGAGGACGAAGAGGAAGAAUGAACAAACCGCUCAAGGCACUCGCCCCGAGUUGUUGAUGCAUGAUAUACUCCGUAGUUGAAUUUGGUUUGGGAAGAAAAGCACAAAUGUUGCAGCAGAAGGCGAUGAUAAGGUACUUUUUGCUACCCGUAAAGUGUUUUCAAUACAUAUUUGAUCAUGG